UGCCAUCAUUGUUGUUUGGAAUUGGAACAGCGUUUUAAAACCGCAUUUCAUCCAUACUCGAUGAUAUGAGUCAGUUAAUUUUCACAUCACGCCAUUUGUGUUUGUCAAUCUGUUACGACUGUUCUCAGUUUAUUACUCCGUAGAACCGUUGGUAGGCGUGACUGGUUGUGGGCACUUUCUGUCUUUCAUUUAUGGAGAUUGUCCUGUGGCACACUGAAACAGCUUCCAUGUGUGGUCUGGACUGAGAAAACUAACUAUGAAGACAGUCUGUUGCUGCAGUGUGCUGCUCCUGCUCGUUCUCAUUCCCACCUGCUGUCAUGGUGGCAACAUCUUGGUUUUUCCUACUGAAGGAAGUCACUGGAUAAACAUGGAAAUUCUUCUUAAAGCUCUACACUCCAGGGGACACAACGUAACUAUGGUACGAGCUAGCAAAACCUGGUACAUCAAGGAUAAUCCUUUAUAUUACAAGACUUUUAUAGUUCCAGUAGAAAAGAGCUUGGUAGAUGGAGAUUUUUUGAAAAAAAUGUUUUCUGUGUUCAUAAAACUUGAACAGGGGACUUUAACUCUCACCAGUUUUUUCCAAAUGACAAUAGGCCUGCUCGACAAAAAUGUUAAUAUUUACAGUGGUGUGAGCUCAUUUGUCCCAGCUCUGCUGGAUAAUGUAGAGUUGAUGAGGAAAUUAAAUGAGACCAAGUUUGAUCUGGUUCUUACUGAUCCUUGCUGGGGUAAUGGGGCAAUUUUGGCCAAAUACAUGAAUCUCCCUUUAGUUUAUAAUGUUCGCUGGUUAAUGCCUGAAGAAGCUCAUUUUGCCAUCGCUCCCUCACCAUUAUCCUACAUCCCUAUGACAGGAUCUGGCCUCACUGAUAAAAUUACUUUUUUUCAGAGAGUUAAAAACAUAAUUUUGUAUCUACUGACUGCCAUUCAGAGCAUGUUUGCAUCUAAGUUUGUAUACCAGCCACUCUGUGAAAAGUACCUUGGACCUGAUUGUGACUUUAAUCAGAUACAGAGUGAUGCAGACAUUUGGCUCAUGAGAACCGAUUUUGUCUUUGAUUACCCACGUCCCACAAUGCCUAAUGUUGUGUACAUGGGAGGGUUCCAUUGUAAACCUCCAGAACCACUUCCUGAUCACAUGGAGGAGUUUGUGCAGAGUUCUGGAGAGCAUGGAGUAAUUAUCAUGUCCAUCUCAACAUUUGUUGAUGAACUUCCAGAGGACCUUGCAGAUGGCAUUGCAGCAGCUUUUGCAAAGUUGCCACAAAAAGUCAUCUGGAGCUUUAGAGGCCCCAAGCCAUCUACUCUGGGUAACAACACCUUAUUGACUGAAUGGAUGCCACAAAAAGACCUUUUAGGACAUCCUAAGGUAAAGCUAUUUGUGUCUCAAGGAGGAACAAAUGGAGUCCAGGAGGCCUUGUGUCAUGGAGUCCCAGUAGUGGGCUUUCCUCUGGUUUUCGACCAGUAUGACAAUCUGCUGCGCUUGCAAGAGAAAGGAGGAGCUAAAAUUCUUACAUUCAGGGCAGUGGACAAAGAUGACGGCUUUCUGAAAGCUAUGCAAGAAGUUCUGAAUGAACCUUCCUACAUGCAGAACAUGCAGAGACUCUCCAGGCUGCACAGAGAUCAGCCAAUGAAGCCAAUCGAUACUGCCCUCUUCUGGAUAGAAUAUGUCAUUAGGCACAAAGGUGCUGGUCAUCUGAAAGCUCAGUCUAACCGAAUGCCUUGGUAUGUUUACCACUCUGUAGAUGUAGUCCUGUUCCUGACAGGAGCAGUGAUGCUCACGAUUUUAGCUACAGUCAUGUUUAUCAGGUGUUUAUGGAAAUCUGUGUGUAGACGUAAAGUAAAACAUGAGUAAUAUUAAUAUCCUUUAUGUGUAAAGAUAUU